AUGAUGAAUUUCUUUUCUUCAAAAUCAUCGAACCAGGAGAAUUCCGGUGCCGGUUUCGGCCCUCAACACCAACAUUCAAAUGGCCCAGAUAAUGGGAAUAACAACAGCAGCAACACUGGUAAUAUCAACGGAUAUCCAAGUAAGCUAGUGCCAACUGGCACCGGCACGUCGUCAAAUAGCGGCACCCUUUUCACGAACUUUACUUUGCAAACAGCAACACCCACCACAGCUAUUAGUCAGGACUUAUACGCGAUGGGCACUACGGGGAUAACUUCUGAAAACGUUCUUUUCCAGAUGAAGUCGAUGAAUGAUGGUAUUUCGUCUGCCAACAACAACAACAGUAACAAUAACAACGCCCCCACAAUUAUUACGACUUUACAGGAGGAGGCCAACGCUGGGAAUGCAACCGCUAGCACGGGUGGCAAUUCUGAAGAUGAUAAUUAUUCUUCAAGCUCUACCACAAAAUGCUUACUGUCUUCCACUUCCUCAUUAUCAAUAAAUCAACGAGAAGCUACUUYAGGCUACGGUCCAGAUACUGAUGUUCCCAGAGGUAAACUAGAAGUGACAAUAAUAGAGGCUCGUGACCUGGUUACCAGAUCAAAGAGUUCUCAACCUUAUGUCGUUUGUACCUUUGAAAGUUCAGAGUUCAUUUCCAAUGGUCCUGAAUCAUUAGGCACUAGUCAUAACAGUAUCAAUAACCCAAACCAGCAUAAUCCAAACCAGCAUAAUAAUAACGAUAAUAAUCAGCAUCAUAAUAAUAACAGUGGGUGGAACGGUUCUAAGUUACCGUCAAUAAAAGAGCAUUUAAAGAAAAAACCCCUUUAUACACACAGAUCAUCCUCCCAGCUGGAUCAACUAAACUCUUCUUCCACGGCUGUUGAUUCCAACAAGCGCUCCUCUAAUUCCUCCUCGGGUUCCUCAAACGACCCAAUGACUGAUAAUUCACAUCCAAUAUGGCAUCACAAAACGACGUUCGAUGUUCUGGGAUCUCACUCGGAACUAGACAUAUCUGUUUAUGACGCUGCUCACGACCAUAUGUUUUUAGGCCAAGUUAGACUGUAUCCGAAAAUUCAUAAUCUGGCACACGCUUCGCAAAACCAAUGGCAUAUUUUAAAGCCUCGUGUUAUCGAUGAAAACGUGUCAGGAGAUAUCUUAAUUAAAUGGACCUACAAACAAACAAAGAAAAGACAUUAUGGUCCGCAAGAUUUUGAAGUUCUUCGACUACUGGGUAAGGGGACCUUUGGCCAAGUCUAUCAGGUCAAAAAGAAAGAUACUCAAAGGAUUUACGCAAUGAAAGUUCUUUCGAAAAAAGUUAUUGUAAAAAAAAAUGAAAUCGCCCAUACGAUUGGCGAAAGAAAUAUCUUGGUCACCACCGCAUCCAAAUCAUCUCCAUUUAUUGUUGGGUUGAAAUUCUCGUUCCAAACUCCAGCAGAUUUAUAUCUGGUCACGGAUUAUAUGAGUGGUGGAGAAUUAUUUUGGCAUUUACAAAAAGAGGGCCGCUUUUCAGAGGAUAGAGCCAAAUUUUAUAUUGCUGAAUUAGUCUUAGCCUUGGAGCAUUUACACGAUAAUGACAUUGUUUACAGAGAUCUAAAACCCGAAAAUAUUCUAUUGGAUGCGAACGGUAAUAUCGCUCUUUGUGAUUUUGGUCUUUCCAAGGCUGACUUAAAAGAUAGAACUAAUACUUUUUGUGGUACCACUGAAUAUUUGGCACCAGAAUUAUUACUGGACGAAACUGGUUACACCAAGAUGGUCGAUUUCUGGUCUCUAGGUGUAUUGAUAUUCGAAAUGUGUUGUGGCUGGUCCCCAUUUUUUGCAGAAAAUAAUCAAAAAAUGUACCAAAAAAUUGCCUUCGGUAAAGUCAAGUUCCCCAGAGACGUGCUGUCACAAGAAGGUAGAUCAUUUGUCAAGGGCCUAUUAAACAGAAACCCCAAGCAUAGACUGGGUGCCAUCGAUGAUGGUAGAGAACUGCGCGCCCAUCCGUUCUUCGCCGAUAUUGAUUGGGAGUCAUUGAAGCAGAAGAAAAUCCCACCACCUUUUAAGCCACAUUUGGUUUCUGAAACAGAUACCUCAAACUUUGACCCGGAGUUCACGACGGCAUCCACCUCGUAUAUGAACAAACACCAGCCCAUGAUGACAGCUACACCACUAUCGCCAGCCAUGCAAGCCAAGUUUGCCGGAUUUACCUUUGUCGAUGAGUCUGCCAUCGAUGAACACGUCAAUAACAACCGCAAAUUUUUGCAAAACUCGUAUUUUAUGGAGCCGGGCUCCUUCAUCCCAGGAAAUCCAAACCUACCCGCAGACGAAGAUGUUAUCGAUGAUGAUGGGGACGAAGACAUCAAUGAUGGAUUCAACCAAGAGAAAAACAUGAACAACAGCAAUUCACACAUCGAUUUUGAUGGCGACCAACACAUGGAUGACGAAUUUGUCAGUGGCAGAUUCGAAAUAUGA